AUGUUGCUGUAUACCAGGCUUGCACCCCCAAAGGUUCCCAAGAAGCGCUCGCGCGCAGGAUGUAGCUAUUGUAAAGAAAAGAAGAAGAAAUGUGACGAAAUCCGACCUGCAUGCGCCCGGUGCCAGGAACGUGGCCAGGAGUGCGUGUACGAACCUGUCCGACCUCGCCAGAGGCGCAAGCGCGAGUCGACUGUCCCAUGCUCGCCCUUCGAUACCAAUUCUUCCUCUGGUUCAGAUAGGGCAACUCAGCUUUUGGAUGCCCAAAUCUCGGAAUGGAACGACGACACGCACGAUAAAUCAGCUGACGAAGACUCCGACGAAGCUCCCGCCAGUACCGAGGCACCAACACUUAAUACGUCCCUCGUCAACCGCACUGCGAGCAAGCCUAGAGUCCAUUCCUUCGACUGGAGCCCUACGGAUCUCCCAUUGGUUUCACCUCUCGAUUCGGUCGAGUUUCAACUGCCUCCAUUUGAUGAACCAAAGUUUGUUGUGCAACAUCUCGAGAAUGAAGAGGAUGAUGUUGAGGAGAUUGUUCGCCGGGAAUCUAUCUCAAUCAACAUUCCCACAACGACUUACGCUGGAACGUAUGCACCCGCAUAUGCAACUCCUUCGCCUUCCCUGGCUAUGAUUGCACCCGUUCCAGCGCCAUCUCCUCGGCUUGAGUUCUGCUCCCCAAUGUUUUCAGAGUUCUCCGAACGCACCAACCGACGCGCUCUUGUCGAUCAUUUCUGCAAUGUUCUGUCGCAUCUCAUCGUGUUCCGUGAAGAGAGCGGUAACCCGUUUCAACAACUUGUUCUUCCCUUGUGUCACGCAAGCCAGCCGGUGACCAACGCAGUUUAUGCUCUAGCGAGUGCUCAUCUCGAAUAUCGUGGAGUUGAGAACGAUGAGAAGAGUGUCUAUUUCCAUAACAAAGCCAUUCAAGGCCUCGCGAGGUUAAUUCAGAAAGGACCAGGCGCUAACCGAAAUGAACUACUGGCUGCUAUCAUGCUUCUAGUGUAUUAUGAAGUGUUGGUUCAGAAAGGCCGAUCGAACAUUGUCGAUGGCCAUCUCAAGGGCGCCAUGACUAUUAUGAGCAAUAAUGGCACUGCCACCGAUCCUACUGGUGUCUUUCUGGAGCGAGCAUUCCGAUUUUAUGAUGUGAUCGCAGCGCUAUCGUUUGGUACUGCUCCUCUUUCUAGCGCUCCAGGCACCAACUAUAUGGCUCCUUUCCCUCCUCUCGACUCUGGCGGUGCUACAUCUCCCCUGAAUAGCGUUGACACUCUGCUUGGCAUGGCUACUUCUUUAUGGCCAAUCAUUCAUCGACUGUCCAAUCUUUUGGCCCUCAAAGACCAACUUGACGUUGCAGUUGCGAACGAGGAGGUUUCCAAGGUGGCGGUUCUUAGAACGGAAUUUGAAACUUCAGCAACAGCCAUCGAAGCCGCACUUGAGGACUGGCACCCUGUGUUGCCCGAGAACUCGAUCCUGAACCAGAACCCUGAGGAAUUGAGUCCUGAACAAUCAACCGAAAGGAGCCGCCUCCAGAGUAUUCUCAGCAAUGCUUUGUCUUACCGCCACUCAGCGUUCGUCUACCUUUAUCGCACUAUUUACAGCUACCCACGCAGACACCCACUUGUACAGCGUCAUGCGCAUAUCAGCCUGACUCAUUGUGUUGGAACUGUUAGCAAUACUGGUCCCAUGAGUGCCCUUCUGUGGCCAUUAUUUGUCGCUGCUUGCGAGGCCACUACACUUGCUGAUCGCGACCUGGCACGCCAGACGUUCAUCGCCAUCAACCGUAGGCAAGGUAUGACAAAUAUCGAUCGAGCAUGGACGAUCGUUCAAGAAGUUUGGAGAAGGGCGGAUAAGGCCGACCUGUUGCAACAGCAAGAGGAGGCGAUGAUGAUGGGUGUGAGGAGUGGAGGUGAUCUUUGGAGAAGAGUCAGUGCAGAUAUGGGCGUGACUAUCGUUUUUGGAUAG